AUGUUUAGACAGAGCAAGAAGCGGGCUUCUUCGAGAAAGAAUUUUAGCGUGUCAGAGAGUGGAGAUGGAGUGUCUGGGCAUCUCAUCCUAGGAUCUACGAGCGCAAGCGAGAAGAAGCUUUAUGACAGCAUUUACGCGUCGAAACUUUCGUUUUACGAUCUGCCACCCCAAGGCGAGAUCACUCUCGAUCAGUUCGAGGUAUGGGCGAUUGACCGGUUGAAGAUUCUUCUAGAGAUUGAAUCAUGUGUGUCUAGAAACAAGAAUAUGAAGGAGAUCGAAACGAUCAUCAAGCCUCAUCUGCAGAAAUCGAUGCCUUUUAACACGGAUAACUUGGAGGCCAAGAAGAAGGACUACUAUUCGCACUUUAUCCUGAGGUUGUGUUUCUGCCGGUCUCAAGACUUGAGGGAGAAAUUCGUGCGGGCAGAGACGAUGCUGUUCAGGCUAAGAUUCAACAUGCUGACGAGCCAGGACCAGAUAAAGUUCGUGCAGUCGCUCAAUUUGCCCUCUCUGCAGUUUAUAAGCGAGGAGGAGAAGGAAAAGCUGAAAGUCCAAUUGUACCAGACUAUUUCGCCGCAACUGCAGUUUCAGCUGAAUCUUCACGAUGAGAGCCAGAGGGAGGCCUAUUUCAAGCAGGAAAAAUUCAUCAAGCUACCAUUCGAAGAUGUUAUCGAACUGGUCGGGAACAGACAGGUAUUCCUACGGGGCGGAUACGCCUACUUACCUCAGUUCCAACAGUUGAACUUGCUUGCAAGCGAAUUCUCCAGCAAACUGACCCAAGACCUGAUUAUCACGCAGAGAAACCUGCCCCAACUGAACGAGGACGACCGCUUGCUGCCGAUCCUGCAACAUCUGUCAUCCGGCUACACAAUCUCCGACUUCCAGCCCGACGAGUACUCCAAGGAAGCCGGCGACAUAACCGCAAAGUCGGUCUACUCCGCCGACAUAAGCCAGCACUACCCGCUCUGCGUCCAAAACCUGUUCCGCGGCCUCAAGGAGAACCACCACCUGAGAUACAACGGACGUCAGCAGCUCAGUCUAUUUCUGAAGGGGAUCGGCCUCAGCGCCGACGAGGCCAUGAAAUUCUGGACAGACGCCUUCACCAACGGCGGCCACAUCACCGUCGACAAAUUCAACAAGGACUACCGCUACAACUUCCGACACAAUUACGGCCUGGAAGGCACCAGGAUCAAGUACAAGCCCUGGGACUGCCGCAUCAUCCUGUCCAAGCCCAGACCCGCCCGGGGCGAGUACCACGGCUGUCCCUACAGGGACUGGAGCGUCGAAAAACUCUCCAUGGAUCUCUCCCACAUGAAUCUGACCAAGACCCAGAUCUCCGCGGUCCUAGACUCGUGCCAAAAGACAGAAUACACAAUCGCAUGCACCCAAGUGUUCGAGUACACGCAUGGCUCCGCUUCCUCUCGCCCAUCCGACGACCAGACGCACAUCGCGCAUCCAAACCUGUACUUCGAAAGGUCCAGACUGCUACAGAACCAGCAGCCCCGGCCUGCAGCACAAGAAUCCAGUUCCUAG